AGAUCUUGAUGGUUAUGGCAAAAUCUUUCAUCGGCGUAUGGUACAAUGGGCUACCGGUUGGAUGAUUUACAGUCAUCUGAAACAUGAUAUGUACUUCUCUUACUUGUCCAUGCCUACAUGCUGACACACUACCAGUUUUGUUUCCAAAAGAGGAGUUCGCAGAACUACACAGUGCCUGAUCCAACCAGCUGCUUUGAUGUUCCUCACUGGACCAUACUAUGUCAGAGAGCCACAAUGAUCAUGCAAAAUAACAGUUCAGCCUCGCCCCUGUUUUCAAAUGCGAGCUCCUUCUGGAAGAGAGAUUCACAUGGACCAGGAUUCCUUGAUGAAGCAGCAUCACUCAUUGGCAGCUAUGAUUUCCCUCAGACCACAGAGAGUUUUCCCUUCUCCACUGUGGAAUCAACAAACAUGUCCCUGAAUUCCACAAGCAAAGACCCUCUGGGUGGACACACUGUCUGGCAAGUAGUUUUGAUUGCUUUCCUCACUGGGAUCCUUGCACUGGUGACCAUUAUAGGAAACAUCCUAGUGAUUGUUGCAUUUAAGGUUAACAAACAACUGAAAACAGUCAACAACUACUUUUUGUUGAGUCUUGCCUGUGCAGAUUUGAUCAUCGGUGUCAUUUCCAUGAAUCUUUACACCACAUACAUCAUUAUGGACCACUGGGCUUUGGGAAACUUGGCCUGUGAUCUUUGGCUCUCUAUUGACUAUGUCGCCAGUAAUGCCUCUGUCAUGAAUCUCCUUGUCAUAAGUUUUGACAGGUAUUUUUCCAUCACUAGGCCACUUACAUACAGAGCCAAACGAACAACCAAAAGGGCUGGGGUGAUGAUUGGUUUAGCAUGGAUCAUCUCUUUUGUUCUGUGGGCCCCUGCCAUCUUGUUCUGGCAGUAUUUUGUUGGGGAGAGGACUGUGCCACCUGAUGAAUGUUUCAUCCAGUUUCUAAGUGAACCUAUCAUCACUUUCGGCACUGCCAUAGCUGCCUUUUACUUGCCAGUCACCAUUAUGAGUAUUUUGUAUUGGAGGAUCUACAAGGAGACUGAAAAACGCACCAAAGAGUUAGCAGGGCUACAGGCUUCAGGCAGUGAAGCAGAGGCAGCACGCUUCGUACACCAGACAGGCAGUUCUCGGAGCUGCAGCAGCUACGAGCUUCAACGGCAGAGCAUGAAACGCUCCACCCGAAGGAAAUACAGACGCUGCCACUUCUGGCUCACAAUGAAGAGCUGGGAACCCAACACAGACCAGGGGGACCAAGAGCACAGCAGCAGUGACAGCUGGAACAACAAUGACGCUGCUGCCUCCCUUGAAAAUUCAGCCUCCUCUGACGAAGAAGACAUCGCUGCAGAGACAAGAGCCAUCUAUUCAAUUGUGCUGAAGCUUCCUGGUCACAGUGCCAUCCUCAAUUCCACAAAACUACCCUCCUCAGAAGACUUGCAUGAGUCAGGGGAUGAACUGCAGAAAUCUGACACAGAAUCAAAGGAAAAGAAACCUAAAAAAUUGCACCCUCCAAAAAGUGUUCAGGAUGGUGGAAAUUUCCAAAAGAGCUUUUCUAAGCUUCCAAUUCAGCCAGGGUCAGCAGAGACAACCACAGCUUCUGAUGGCAUCUCAUCAGUGACCAAGACAUCUGCAGCCCUGCCCUUGUCCUUCAAGGAAGCUACCCUAGCAAAAAAGUUUGCCUUGAAGACCAGAAGUCAGAUCACAAAGCGAAAACGAAUGUCACUCAUCAAAGAAAAGAAAGCGGCACAGACACUCAGUGCCAUUUUGUUUGCCUUCAUCAUUACCUGGACCCCAUAUAACAUUAUGGUUCUGGUGAACACCUUUUGCAAAUGUAUCCCCAAAACUUUCUGGAACCUGGGGUACUGGCUUUGCUACAUCAAUAGCACAGUGAACCCCAUGUGCUAUGCACUGUGUAACAAAACAUUCAGAAACACUUUCAAGAUGCUACUGCUGUGCCAGUGUGACAAACGAAAACGACGCAAGCAGCAGUAUCAGCAAAGGCAGUCCGUCAUUUUUCAUAAGCGGAUCCCUAGGGAGGCUUCAUAGAAUAGUAUUUUUUAAACAAUUAAAAAAAGUAACAAAGCGGGAUGGGAUGGGAUGGGAUGGGAUGGGAUGGGAUGGGAUGGGAUGGGACAGGAUGGCAUAGGAUGGGAGAGGAUGGUACAGGACAGGACGG